UUAAAAUAUACAAUGGUGUUGUUCGGAUGUCGUUUCACUUUAAAUAGAUGUUGCAGACGUCCGCUCGCUUUGUACGUUUGAAUUUACAGAAUUUCCGCACGAUGUCGACGCGGCCUUCACGCAAGUGCAAGGCGGUUUCUAACCUUAACCCAAUGAAUGGCAAAAAGCAAAGAACCGGCGAGAAAGUCACAAAAAUUACCAAGGAAAGCGAAUCAAUCAAAUCCUUAGGCGUAGAAUGUUCAAACAACAGCAAUAAUGAUGCAUCGCGCGAAGUAGCACCAAGUCCUAAAAAACAGAAGGCACAAUCUGAAGCUGCGGUACCUCGGAAUACAUCUUCAUCAGGCGAAGUUAGUCAAACAAGAACGGAAACGGAUCAAGCCACUGCAAUAGCCGCAAAAAAGGCGAAAGCAGCAGAUGCUAGGUUAGCCAAACAAGCUGAGCGUCCAAUGUUCGAGCGGACACCCAUGACCCGCAAAUACAAGGCAGGUAGCGAGCAGGCCUUUGUGGCUGUCGCGUGGAAUGUCGCCGGAUUACGGGCUGUGCUGAGAACACCACAACGAAUUGAGAGCUUUCGACGACUGGUUGACGUGGAGAAACCGGACUACUUGUUAAUACAGGAACACAAGCUACAAGGGAAAGAUGUAGAGGAAAUCGAGACAGCUCUUGAACCGUACAUACCAGGGUACGAAUCCCACUGGGUUUCCAGCACUGGGAAAAAGGGAUAUUCUGGAGUGGCUGUGUUUCUAAAGUACCCGGUGAGGAAUACUCCGUCCGACAAACAAGUUGCAGACGCUGGGGAUGGUAAGAAUUGUGCAAAUGCAAAGCCGAAUAAGGAGAAAAAGGGCAAGCAGGCUUCACUCAAAGACAUGUUUGGUAUCAAGAAAGAUGUGGAGCAGGAACUAGUGUCGGAGACCUCGUCGACGAAAACCAUGAAAAAUUCAGACUCACAGAUGUACCGAGCCAUCAACGUAACAAUGCCAAAGAUUGAAGGGGCAUCCGACGAGGGCAGGGUUAUAACCGUGGAGUAUCCCCACUUUUACAUGGUCGGCGCUUACGUUCCUAAUUCAGGGCAAAAUCUGGCUAGGCUGGAAUACAGAAUUGGCGGGUGGAAUAAGAGUUUGAACGCCUACAUGAAAGAGUUAGAGAAAACCAAACCUGUCAUUUUGGGAGGGGACUUAAAUGUGGCGCAUACCGAUCAAGACGUUUAUAAUCCUGAGGCCAAACACAUCCCGAAGUCGGCUGGUACUACACCUCAAGAGAGGCGGGCCUUUAGUGAAUUACUUUCGGAUGGUGAGAUGGUGGAUACCUUUAGGCAUUAUCAUCCAGAUGCCCGGGGGGCUUUCUCGUAUUGGAGUAUGCGUGUCAAUAACAGAGUAGUGAAUCGUGGGAUGAGACUAGACUACUUUGUAGCAUCGAAGAUUUUGGUAGAUAACACCGCCAAAAGUUCAGAGACCACAGACCAAUCUACUGAUGCCACAGAAAAGCCUGCUUUAGCAUCUAAGAACGCUACACCAUACAAGACCCAGGGAGCACAAAUAUUAGAUGCGUGGAUAUCGCCCGAAUACAAUGGCUCAGAUCACUGUCCGGUAGGUAUUGCCAUUGCGAUUGACAGUUUCAAGGACAUCGCUUUUUGAAGCCCACUUAUCAACGAUACUAAGAGACAUAAUUGUGCAGUUGUGCUUCUCACUAGCGAAGUAUACAGCGCUUCAAUUCGGACUGUCACGAAUAGUCAUUAUUUGAGACUAGUCCUCUGGCAGGCUCCUAUGCAAUAGAUAGCGCUGCAGUUGUCGCUUCAAUGCUGCUAUACUGCUGCGAAAAAUCAGCGUGGAGUAGUAUGAGAUUGUAAUUGUGUGCAGGAUUGACGAAGUUCAGGUGAUGCCAUGGUGUACAUUGUACUUGCGCUUGAAUUGAUUCCUUUGAAGCGAGACGAGGUAGGUCGAUGUUUGAACGAAAGGACUAAGCUAUGACUUUUAUAUCUAUGCCGUUCUGCCAACGUCUUUUUUCUUCAGCAUCAAUGCCGUUGCAACUUAAAUACAAAAGACUUUAGGGUUCCCCGCCAACGUCUUUCAAACAACACAUAAAUACUUAUUCCUAAUUUAAUUUAUUUCAAUACUAUUUUACUAGAUUUCAUAUGUAUCUAAUUACGCAGCGAACACUUUGUCUUUCCUCUGCUUGGUUAGUUCGACACCGUCUUCUAAUGCUACAAGUUGCGUCAUCAGGUCCCCGAUGAAGUAUGGAUGUGCCAUAAAUUCAGCAUGGUAGUAAUCCGGCAGCAUUAGCUUAGUCUCUGGUGAAAGGUGUUUUAUGUGAUCCACCACAAGAUCACUAGGUACGAUGUCAUCUUUCAUGGAUGCCACAACCAAGGAAUUUGCAGGGAUUUCGGUGGGAUGCAUAUUGUAUUGAUACCACCAGAAAUUCCUACAGAGAACGUUCUGCAGUUGAAGAAGGUAUGCGG